AAGCACUGUCGCUCUUCAAUGAGCUGUGCUACUUGUAGAGGGAGACAUCACUCUAGUGUAUGUAUGAGGAACUCAAAGCCUAAAUCAGGCCAGAGGCCUCCUACUGCUAGAGAUGGUGCUUCCCCACAUUUGUCUAAGGGGCUUAAUCCAGAGACCCCUCCAUUUGAAGGAUCAAAUACGGGUGCCACAUUCUAUACUAGUUCUAGAGAGUCUACUCUCUUGCAAGUGGCACGCGUCUUUGCCUUCAAUCUAAAUGAGCCUGGUAAUAGAAUGUCUUUAUAUGUCCUAUUGGACAGUGGGAGCCAGUGCUCAUAUAUUACUCGAAGUGCAUGCCAGAGGUUGGGAUUGCCAUCUCUGGGCACUAAAUCAGUUUCUAUAAUGACCUUUGGGUCUAGAAGGGAGUGUCGUACUGAAUGCCAUGUUGUAAAACUGGGUCUUGAGCUUAAAAAUAAUGCUCAUAUGGAGCUUAAGCUGCUCACAGUUAGCCACAUUUGUGAGCCUUUGACGUAUGAAGCCAUAGAUUUGAAUAAGUAUCCUCAUCUGAAUAAUUUGGACUUUUCUAUUCCAUUGGAUCAUUGCAAGCAGAUAAAGCCAGACAUCUUAAUUGGAUCUGACCAGUAUUGGUCUCUACUUACAGGUGAGAUAAUGAAGAGUAGCAAUGGGCCUGUUGCUCUAAACUCAUGCUUUGGCUGGAUUUUAUCUGGUACUGCUGCUGUGAAACAGUCUAGUGCACGGAGUGCUACUAUGGUCACCCAUGUUUUAAGGGUUGAUGGUGUCCAUGAAGACAUGAGCCUAGAACAUAGAUUACGUUCAUUUUGGGAGCUAGAAUCUUUAGGAAUUUUGGAAGAUGAGAAUUUAGUGCAAACUCAAUUUGGUGAUCAUGUGAAGUUUGCUAAUGGCAAGUAUGUUGUUUCCCUGCCUUGGAAAGACUCUUGCAUUUCUCUUGCUGAUAACUAUCAGCUUUGUUUACGUCGAUUGAGUGGUUUGUUUAAGCGCCUGAAGAGCUCUCCUGAGUUAUUGAAGAAGUAUGAUGAUAUCAUUAGAGAGCAACUAGCCUUGGGAAUUAUUGUCCCUGUUGAGAACUCUGAAGAAUGCAGUGUGGCUCGUAUACACUAUUUACCGCAUCAUUGUGUGUUGAGACAGGAUAAGUCUACUACAAAAUUAAGAAUUGUAUACGAUGCCUCUGCUAAGACUAACGGUCCAUCAUUGAAUAAUUGCCUCCAUAUAGGACCUUCAUUGCAUUAAAAGGUUUUUGAUAUUCUUUUGAGAUUUAGGAUGUGGCCUAUUGCUAUUGUGGCUGAUAUAGAGAAAGCCUUUCUUAUGAUUCAGGUGGCAGAUGUAGAUCAGGAUGUUUUGCGUUUUCUGUGGUAUAAAGAUGUUUUUUGUGAGAAUCCUGAGCUUCAGAUUUAUAAGUUCACACGUGUGGUGUUUGGUGUAGCUCCAAGCCCAUACCUUCUCAAUGCCACCAUUGCUCAGCACUUAAGCACCUUUGAGUCGAGGUAUCCAGAUCUAAUUCAGAAGAUUAAAGACUCUAUUUAUGUGGACGAUGUCAUAACUGGUGCUGAUAAUGUUUCUGAAGCAUUUUCUCUUUAUAAAGAUUCAAAAGAUAUAUUUGCCAAAGGAGGAUUUAAUUUAAGAAAGUUUUUAAGCAAUAAUGCAGAAGUACAGAGUCUAAUUGACUCAGCAGAGCAAGGUAUUGUUUUUGAAGGAGAUGAGCAUGAGACUUAUGCUCAGAGUACU